AUGAAUUUUCCCUUGGACAGUGAGGAUCCAGCUAUACUUCAAUUGCACGAUUGGGACCUGUCUGAGACCCGAAUUGGGCUUUCGGACUUUCGUGAAGCUUUUAUUUCUCCUACAAGAGAGAUACUGCUUUUGCAUUCUCAUGAAAGAGAAGCUCUUUUACUUCCUCUGGGUAAAGGAGAGUUCCAUUCUGGUGGUGCUGAAGGGCACAAUGAUUCCAAUAAACACAAUCCAGCUUCAUCUAAUGUUUGCUUGGAGGCAUCUACUAGGCCUAGUAGUUCGGGUUUGGGGAAUGAUUCACCUUGCACUACAGGGUCAGAUAUUGAUACUGAUUUUACUGGAAUUAAAUUUUCAAGGUCCAAUAGUUACCCAUACAUUAGUGAUGUGAACUCGUUGGCCUGGGCACGUUGUGAGGACAGCUAUGAUCAGCACAAUGAUGUUUCAUUUAGAGAAGUUCUAUUUGUUUCUGGAAGAUGUGGGGUAACAGUCCAUGCUUUUCCCAAACUAACUAAAACCAAUGCAAUAGAUAACGCCAUGUUAGAGGGUAAAUUUAAGCAUGGAAGGUGGGUGGAAUGGGGCCCCAUUGCUACAUUAUCUUCCAACAUUAGUCAUGGAGUCUCUGGAGGUGAGAAUGUAAAUUUGAGUGGUGGAGAUGGUGGAGUUCAACUGUUAAGUGACUCUGCUACUAAGAGAUACUUGGAGUCAUUUUUCACAAAAGUUGAAACUAUUGCAUCUGACGGUAUUCUACGGACCAAAUUCCCUGAGAAUGAUGGAUUUCCUUGCUCGACGAAAGUGGUUUCUUUUAGCAUGUUUGAUGGCACUCUAUCUUUGGACCAUCUCCUCAGAGAAAAAUCAGUCCAAGGCAAGGAGAAUGGGCAGGAACCAGCUGAUUCAGUAAAAGACGAUUCAGAUAUUAAGCUUGAUUUUUUUUCCAGUGUAUUUGGUAUUGUGGUUAAUGGGUUCUAUGAAUGCCCCAAAGUGUUCUCAAGUGCUUCAAAUUGCUUGGUAGGAUUUCAUUUUACAUUAAUGCAUCACGUGUCUGUGAAUAUUAGUGAUGCAAAUCAAAGAUGCAGGAACAGAAAUUUACUACUUGUUGCCAAAUUAGAUAGUUGGGGUAUUCAGUGGGUUUCAAUGGUGAAGCUUGAUGAAAGAAUAAACAUUGUCCAGGCAGUUGAGUGGAUGGAUUUCGAAUUUUCUGAUAAUCUUCUUGUCUGUCUUAAUUCUUCUGGAUUGAUUGUUCUCUAUUCUGCAAUGUCCGGUGAAUAUGUGACACACUUAAAUGUUUUACAGACAUUUGGACUUAACCCUCAUUUUGAUUUGCAAGGGUUAGAGAAUUUGUAUUCAAAUGAUGAUGUAUAUGCAAAACAGGAGUGUGGCAUUAAGGAUAACAUGUCUGAUCAGAACAGUAAUUCUUUUAAGAGAUCAUUCAAGAGGUUAGUUGUAGCUUCACAUACCUCCCUGUUAGCCGUGGUUGAUGAAUAUGGCUUGAUCUAUGUGAUACCGUUAGGGGAAUAUAUUCUUGACAAAAAUUACUCUUCAGAGAAGUUGCUUCCAUACUGUCAUCAAUUUGGGUUGGGAAUGUUAGUUGGCUGGGGAGUUGGUGGUUCUGAUAUAGAUCGCCAAGCAGUAUACUCCAAUUUAUCUGUAUGUUUUCAAUCAAGUGAUUUAAACAUAAAAUGUGGAAGUUUUGCAUCCUCUGACAAAGCUGUGGCAGAUAAUUCACUCCAGAAUAUUAAUGGCUGUGCAUUCAAACAAAAGGGGGAUUUGUAUGGUAACAAAUUUCAUGGUUAUGAUGUCAAGUCACCUGUUAUGAGAAAGAUACUCAUUCCCAAUUUUAGAGUCUGUGAGGAUGAUUCAAUUUGUUUUUCUUCUUGGGGAAUUACCAUUUUCUCUAAAAAGAAGUGUGGAAAGAAUCCGAAUGGUUCUCAACUUAUCCAUUUUAAUCUGCAAUUGAAGUCAGAAGUCCAUGAUGACAAUUUCAUAGACAGUGUAUACGAUGUAUACCACUUUGAUGGAAAUGAUGUUGCUGGCGAAGCAAUUGGUUGCACAUUCCAAGGUUGUUUUUAUAUUGUGAGAGAAGGUGGUGUAUCAGUAUAUAUACCCUCCAUUUCAAUUUUAUCAAAUUUUCUUCCUGUUGAGUAUAUUGGUUAUGGCCAAUCAAGUAAGGAUUUAGGGAUUUCAGUUCUACUUAAAGACAAUCUAGAAAUAAAAGAACCAGCCAAAAGGUUUUCUCCUUGGAAAGCUGAAAUUUUGGACAGAGUUCUUCUGUAUGAAGGCACUGAAGUGGCAGAUCAAUUGUGUUUGAAAAAUGGUAAGUGUUACACAGCAAAAUAA